UAAAGAUAUAUAUAUAUUAAAAAUCAUUCGGACAGGUUCAGGAUGGCCUAUUUAAAGGAAAGGAUCAAUGCUUUUGUGGGCCAACCUAUUGAGAAAAAGCGCAGUGAUCAUCGGUUGAAGAAAGCAGACUCAUGCGAAGACCAUCGAGCAUGGGCACUAGAUGAAGAGUUUAGGAGGCAACACUUCUUAAAUGUAGUGAACAAUGCAGGUGCAGGAGAAGGAAUCCAACCUGAUGGUAAUGAAGACGAGGAAAAAUAUAAUCUUUUAGGCACAAGCCCCUCUGCCACUGAGCUCGAAAAACAAAUCGAAAAGCUUCAAGAAGAAAAUGAAAUCCUGAAAAAUAUUGUAGCUGAUAAAGAAAAUGAAAUUGAUAAUCUCCUGACACGAAUCCACACAAUGUCUGAUCCAAAAGAGCAGAUCAGUGAUCUGGAAAGAGACAAGAACUUAUUGAAGAAUAUAAUUGCAGACAAAGAAAACGAAAUAGAACGGUUACUUUUCCGCAUUCAUACCAUGCCUGAGGUUCAAGAAGUAAAAGACAAUAAUAAUCAGAAUAUUAUCGCCGACAAAGAAAAUGAAAUAGAGAACUUGCUGAGUCGCAUCAAUUUUAUGGCAGAGGCACAGGAGGAGCCGAAGGUCUUGCAAACCCAGCUGGAUGAUUUGUUGGAGCAGCUCAACAAAAAGGACAAAGAAUUGAAGAAAACAAAAGAAAUGUUAAAAAAUACUGAAAACAUGCUAAGAGAUUUACAAAAUAUUAUUCAAAGUGUUAAUGAUGAUCCUGAAAAGCAAAACAAUCAACUAGAUGAUGUGAUGAAAAAUCUUUACUCAGAAAUGCAAGACGAGAAUGAUAAAUUACGAAAUCGGGUUUUAGAGCUUGAAAACGCCUUACAAAAUGCUAAUUUAGAAAAUGAUAACUGUAAAAAAUACUUAGAAGCAGCUCAAAAUGAAAUAAAAGCUUUGGCUAGUGGAGAUAAAAAAGAGUACAACAAAAUUAUUAAUGAUUUAAGAUUUGACCUAGCGCAGAAAGAGGAUGAAAUAAAAAAUCUGAAAGACAAGGAAGUGGCUGUCUUACAAAAAGACUUGGCAGAAGAAAAGAAGAAAAGCAAUUUACUACAGGACCAAUUAAACCAGUUAGUUGAUGGAAAUACUAGUGACUUAGCAAACCUAAUAAAAGAGUUGAACAACGAGAGAGAACUCAACAGUAAGCUACAGAUAGAUUUAGAACAAGAACAAAACAAAGCUAAUGCAUUACUCAAUGAACUUGAAAAAGCUAAAAAUGAUCUCAAGGAAUAUCAAAUGAAACUACCGGUUCUUAAUGUUGAUCUUGAUUCUGAUAAGUUAUCAAACUUACCUCUUUGUAGUGAGUGGGAACACAAAGUAAGAGAAUUGGAAAUCAUGCUGAAUAAUGAGAGGCAACUUAAUGAUAAACUUACAAAAGAUUUGCAGAAUGAAAAAAGUAAAUUGCUGAACGCAGCCCCAACAGAUGGCAAUGAACAGAAGUCGAGUUUAGCUGUUACUGAUAAAGAAAGUAAUUUGCAAGAUAAACCUGGCGAUGAUUUGACAACAAUAUUAGAAGAUAAGGUCAAAGAAAAUGCCGCACUUAAGGAGGAAAGUGAAAAAUUAAAGGAAGCUAAAGAUAAUGACAAUAAGUUAAUAAAACUUCUCUAUGACGAAAUAGAAAAGCUGAAAAAAGAUAAUAAUGACCUUAAGGUUUUAAUUAAGGAUUUUGAAAAACAACCACUUCCUAAACAGGAUGUGGCUGCUGAGAUCCAAGAACUAAUUCAGCAAUUGGAUGAUUUGAAAAAAGAAAACGAGUCUCUUAAAAGUAAAAUAAUGGCUGUAGGUGUUGGACAAGAAGAAAACAAUUUAGGACAAGAUGAACCUAAGAGUCUAAAUGAUGAGACUAUCAAUGGUUUAAGAAACAAACUUAAUGAUUUGUUGGCAGAAAAUGAUGCUCUUAAAGGCAAAAUAAAAUCUUUAGAGGAUCAGACCUUACCAAUUUUAGAAUCAAAAACAUCAAAAGAUGAGAUUAUAGCGAAUUUACAAAACAAGCUAAUGGCUUUAGAAGAUGGAAAUAGGAAACAUCCUAGAGAAGAAAAUACAAGUUUAGAAGAAGAAAUUAAUAAGUUAAAACUUAAUGCCGAUAUUGAAAAAAAAAAAUGUGAAGAACAAGUCUUAAACAAAGACAAAAUCAUCGAAAACUUGGAAAAAGAUUUGAAAAAAUUACAGGAAGAUAAAAAUAUAUCACCGUCUGAGAAAACUGCCAUCAUACCUGUUUCAACUAUUGAUGAAGGAGGAACCAAUGAGAAAGAAGCUCAAAUCAAAGAACUUAAAGAUGAAAUAGACAUGCUCAAAAAGAACUUAAAUCAAAUCAAAGAAGAAAAUAAUAAACUAUCAAAAGACAAUAAUGAGCUAAAAGAUAAAAUUGCAAAGUUAACUUAUAAGGAAGAUACAGAUUUACUUCCCUCCCCAAGCCCAUCUGUAGAUAACAAACAAUACGAAAAAGAAAAUGACAAUCUCAAAAAAGAAAUACAGAACUUAAGAGACCAAAUUGAAAAGCUAGAGAAAGAAGUUAAAGACAAUGAAACACUCUGUCAAGAGACAAUGAAAUUUAUUGAGGAUAACUCUAAAUUACUAACUCAGGAAAACUUUGAUCUAAAAAAUUCAAAUAUGAAACUGGAAGAUAAAAUACAAGUUCUGGAAAAUCAAGCCAAGAAUUUACUAUCAGGAAAUGAUAAAUCUGUCUUCGAAGAACUUUCUCAAGAAAACAAAGAUGUUCGGGAUGAAAAUGAAAAUCUUAAAAAUAAAAUCAAGUAUUUAGAGGAUGAGCUGAAGAAUUUCAAAGAUGAAGUAAAACAACCAGAACUCGACAAACUGGUUUCAGAAAACACUAAUCUUCAGAAUGAAAUAAAAAAGUUAAAUAAUGAAAUCAAAUCUCUUGGUGGUGAAAUAAUUAACUUAAAAUCAAAGGAAGAAAAGCAUGGUCCUUUGGAACCUGAUAGUUUAAAUACCCUACAAGAUGAAAAUAAUAAGUUGAAAGGUACGAUUGAAACCCUUGAAGACAAAAUGAAGGAUUUUAAAAUUAAAGAAGAUGAACUAAGUAAGCUUGCUGCAGAAAAUGCUGGGCUACAGGACGAAAAUUUGAAUUUAAAAGGAAAAAUCAAAUCACUUGAAGACAGUAUUGACAGUUUGUUAGCAGGGAAAGAAGAAGAUUGGAAAAUAAAUCUUACUGAAGAAAAAAACAAUCUUCAAAAUGAAAAUGAAGGGCUUAACAAAAAAAUAAAAACCCUACAGGAUGAAAUAAGAGAUUUAAAGGCAAAAGAAAACCAACCUGGGCCUGAUCAAUCUGAAGAUAUUAUUAAAUGUAAGAAUGAGGUCAUGGAUUUGAAUAGUCAAAUCAAUUAUCUUGAAAACGAACUAAAAAUGUUGAAGGCAGAUCGAGAAAUACCUGAUGCUCAGGAACUUAGCAAGCAAAAUGCAGACCUCAAAGAAGAAAUUGCUCAAUUAAAAGGUAAAGUCACAUCACUUGAAAAUCAAGUGAAGGAUUAUCCACAGGGAAAAAAUGAAAUUUUGACUGAAAAUCUUUCUAAAGAAAAUGCUGAUUUGAAGGGUGAAAACAAAGAGUUGAAAGAUAAAAUUAUCUCCCUCGAGGAUGAAGUCAAGGAUUUGUUAUCAGGAAACAAUAAGCUUGAGAACAUACUGAAGGACAAUAAAUCAUUACAAGAUCAGAAUAAAAAUCUUGAAAAUGAAAUAGCAAAACUGAACAACCAAAUUGCAUCUUUAGAGAAUCAAGCCAAGGACAAAUCGCUAGAUAAACAUGAAGAAGAACUUUCCAAGGAGAACAAAGCUCUAAAAGACGAAAUUAAGUCAUUACAAGAUAGAAUAGAAGAUUUAAAAACCGAAGCUCAAAAACCUAUUCCCGAUAAUCUCAUUAAUGAAAAUGCUGAUUUGAAGGACAAAAACAAAAUUUUAAUGGGUGAAAUUAAAUCACUAGAAGAUAAAUUUAAAGAUUUGUUGUCAGGAAAAGAUGAAAGUAUAUUUGAGAAUCUAUCAAAGGAGAAUACGGAAUUAAAAGAUGAGAAUAAAAAACUUAAUGCCAAAAUCAAAUCCUUAGCGGACGAAGUAAGAGAUUUUAAAGCUCAAGAAAAGAAAAAUGAAAUAUUAGUCGAUGAAAACGCUAGCCUUCAAAAUGAAAAUAAAAUGUUAAGAGAACAAAUAAGUUCUUUGGAGGGUAAAAUACAAGCUUCAACAUCUAAGGAGAGAGUACCUGUACCAGAGAAAUUCAAUAAAGACAUUUCUGAACUUCAGAUUGAAAACAAUAAUUUAAAAGACGCUUUAAAUACUCUUAAGGGCCAAAUGAAAAGUUCCCUUCCAGAAAAAGAUAAUGAUUUGUAUGAAGAUCUCACUAAGGAAAAUACUGCUUUACUGAGUGAAAAUACUAAAUUAAAAGCUUCUAUUGAUUUACAAAAAGAUCAAAUUAAAUCUCUUGAAGAUGAAUUAAAAAAUCAGAAACCUGUGAUCAGUAAACUUGAAAAAGAAAAUAAUGAGCUACGUAAAGAAAAUGACCAAUUAAAUGAUAAAACAAAAGCUCUUGAAGAUAAACUGAAGAGUUUGCCGUCAAAAUCUGAUGAACUCACAUCUGAAGCACUUUUGCAAGAAAAUGAAGUCCUGAAGAAAGAAAACAAGAAACUGAAAGAAGAUAUCCAGAAUUCAAAUGACAAAGUUAAGUCUUUAGAAAAUAAAGUCACAGAAUUAGAAAUUGGAGGAAGAAAUUUGGAAACAAAAAAUUCUGGGCUAUUGGACGAAAACAAGAAACUAUAUGAAAAAAUUAAAUCUUUAGAAAACCAAAUCAAGGAAUUACUAUCAGGGCAGGAUAAAACCAUGUUUGAAGCACUGUUAAAGGAAAAUGCUGAGCUUCAGAAUGAAAACAAGAAACUAAAAGAUGACAUUAAAACCUUUUUGGAUAAAAUAAAAUCCCUAGAAGAAGAAUCAAAGAGUCCCAAGAUAGAAAUUCAGAACUCCAAUCUUGACAAACUGGUAAAAGAAAAUAAUGAUCUUCAAACUGAAAACAAAAAACUAAAUGAUAAAGUAAAAUCUCUUGAAAGUGAAAUAAAGAGUUUAUUAUCAGGUCCGGAUAAAGCUGUAUUUGACUCCAUAUCCAAGGAGAAAAAUGAAUUACAGAAGGAAAACAAUGAACUUAAAGAUCAGAUUAAAAGUCUAAUCGACAAAAUAAAAAACAUGGAAUCAGAUCAAUCAAAUGAUAUAAGACAAUUAAAAUCUGAGUGUAAAAAGCUUUCCAAAGAAAAUGAAGAUUUGAAAAAUAAAAUUAAAGAAUUGGAAAAGAAAAUAUCAGAAUGUGAAACACAGAGCAAUGACGGGGAAAAUAGUGAAGCUAUAAAGAGCAAGUUGAAGUCUAUAGAAAAGGAAAAAGAAUCUUUAAACAGCAAAGUAAAUGAUCUCAAAAAAGCAUUGGCUAGUGAAAAAAGCGAGAGAAAAUAUUGUGAAGAUGAAAAUAAUAGACUUUUAGAUAUGUUGAAAAAUCCCAACAACAAUAGCUCAGAAAAUGAAAUGCUAAAAUUUCAUAAGAUAAAUAAUGACAAAUUGAAAAAAGAAAAUGAAAAGCUGAAAGAAAAAAUUCAGGACUUGGAAGAUAAAUUGAUAGAAAGAUCCAAAGCACCAAAAAAAACUGCCCAUAAUAUUGAAAGUGGAGGUAAAAGAAAACAAUCCAAACAAAAGCAGAAAACUGAGCCGUCAGAUUCCGAUAGGAAAUUAAGAGAAACUGAGAAAGAUGUUGAUGAAAAAGAAGUUCUUGACUUGAGGAAGAAAUUGAAAGAAGCAAAUGAGAGAAACGGUGAACUAAAUGAGCUUAGAAAUAAGCUAGUUGAAUCUGAAAAACUUAUCGAUGCUCUGAACAAGCAGAUUUCAAGACUAAACAAGGAAAAUCAAGAGCUGAGUAAACUGAGACCAUCGCUUGAAGAGAACAAAAAGCAUGAGGUAUACCAAAGAUAUCUUGAUGAAGAUACAAAGAAGUUGAACCGGAUUUUACAAAAAGCAAUUCAGUUGGGAUUAAAGUCUUUGUAUCUUGAAGAGCUGGAAUAUGUCCAUGACGCUUUGAAUAAAUCAAUGUCUGAGCGGAAAAACAAACCUUCUAGUCCGAGCAAAAAAUCACCUGAAGAGAUGGCCAGCAAAAUCGAAGUGCUAGAGCAGCAGAUUCUUUCUCUGAUGACGAGACUGGAGAGAUAUCGACAGCACAGUAGUGACCAGGAGAGAAGGUUGAUAGAUUAUUCACAGAAGGUUCAGAGGCUCACCACAUCCAUAGGGCUGCUGGAGAUGAAAAACGACAGUGUGAUGAAUGAGGCAAAACAUCUCAGGGAGUUAUUGAUUUAUGAAAAGGAGAAAGCGAGAAAGUUAGAAGAAAUGCUUAAGAGUGUUUUGGACCACUGUAAAUGUACAAGAAGGUGGAUGUUACAGCAAAACUAUCCAGGAUUACUUAAAAAAUAAGGAGAUCAUCUGCAGUUGUUUGAAAUUCAAAUUAAAACCCAAAAUCAAAUUAAUGUCUUACAAAAUCUGGCAUUGAAAGAAAACUAUGUGCGACAGGUUACGGUGGGUUAGCACUUAAUAGCAAAUAUAUUUUUCCAUAAAUGUUAACAUUGUAUGUGAUAAACUAAUUUGUAUUUAAAAUAAAAAUAUAUCUUUUC